AGUAGAUAAUAAUAUAAUAUUACGACGUCUGUUAUCUUAUACGCGCUCGUCUGUCGUUUGGAUUUUCGAUUAUUCGAUCUGUUCUUGAAUGAAAACAUUUUAUUAAUAUUGUCCUUGUCCUGUUAUAUUCUUUUUACGGAAAACCAACUGACGAUUGACGCUGCCAACCGGAUUACCGUUGAUCUCUUGGAACGACAACCAUCACUAGAGUUUUUCAAAUAACCACCCGCUGGUACGGUUACGAUGAUUCCAGAUGAUUCCAGAUGAUGAGUCCAUGAUGGCAUUUCCAUGGUAAAUGUCGUCUGUCAUCACAAUUAUUGUGCACUGUAUCGAUGGCCCGAUACUAAAUAUUCAGUCGUAGUUAACAAAGGCAAUGGCUGAUUGCAUAUUAAAAUGUACGUAAAAGUGAUAUUUGAAAUUGGUCAUGAGGCGUCUGUUAGAAACAAACGAACACCAGAAGGGUUCACUCAUGACUGGGAAUUGUUUGUUCGUGGUGCUGACAACACAGAUAUACAUUUCUUUAUCGACAAGGUUGUGUUCCAUUUACAUGACACAUUUCCAAAUCCAAAAAGAGUGGUUAAGGAACCACCAUAUGUUGUGAAAGAAUCAGGAUAUGCUGGUUUUCCGUUACCUAUUGACAUAUAUGUAAAAAAUAAAGAUGAACCAAGAAAAAUUAGAUUUAAUUAUGAAUUGGUACUUCAAGAACGUGGAUUACCGCCUAUGUCUAAAGUGACUAGAGAAACCUAUGUAUUUAGCCCUUCAGAAGAUUUCAGGCGAAAGCUUAUCAGAGGCGGAGGAACUAGUGUCUUAUCUCAUGAUGGAACUGAAGCAAAAAACUCCAAUACAAGUUCUGCCAUAUCAAAACAAAAAUCAAUUACAAAUACUAAUAGAUUGCCAUCACCUCCACCAAAAAAAAAUAAAAAAGAAGAUAUAAAACUAAAUAAUACAUUUGCCACACUUUUUGGGUCUCCAAUACAACCUUCUAAGUUACCAUUGACUACAUCAAAAUCAACAUCACAAAAGCUAUCUUCCUCAGACAAAUCACAAGUUAAAAUUAAAAGUAGCCCACACCAUAAAGAGGAUAAAAAAGAUAAAGAUAAAGAAAGAGAUAAAGAGAAAAAAAAGUUGAAAGAAUUAUCAAUAGAUAAGGUGAAAAAAGAGAAAGAUAAAAAAGAAAAAACUAAAGAAAGUUCUGAAAAAUCAAAAUCUCUCAAACAAAGUAGUUCUAAAACCGAAAAAAAAGAAUCUACUCACCAUGAAAAAAUUAAAGAGAAGUCAAAUGACACUAAAUUAGAAAAGAAAGAAUUUAAGGAUAAAAGUAAACGAGAAGAUAAAGUAAAGGAGAAAAUUAAAGAUAAGUCUCAUAAAGAUGAAAAGUCAUAUCAUGAAACCAAAAUUAUUAAACAAGAUAUAAAAACUGAAUUUAAUGAUCAAGAAAAAAAGAAACAUAAAAGUUCGCCAGAAUCAAUUAAAAUUAAGUCUGAUAAAAAAAUAGAAAAAUCUGAAAAAUCUUCUAAACCUCAUAAAAGUCAUAAAGAGCAUAAGAAAAGAGAUAAGAGAGAUAAAGAAGAAAAAUUAAUCAAAAAAGAAGAAAAAUCUAGUUUUGUUGAACAAGAACCUUCUUACAAACACCUUGAUAUACCUCAAAAUACUACUUUAAUAGAAGAAUUCCCAAAAGUUAAGGAAGAAAUCCUAGAGUCUUUGCCACCGCCAAAAGCUAAUUCUUCAAGAGUUCAUGAACCUGAACUCGAGUCUGAAGAAGAAUUCCUCUCCGAGGAUAGUGAACCACCUUAUCAACCACCAGAACCACCAAAACCUAAAGAACCAGAACCACCCAAAAAGAAACUUUCUCCUGACAAUAAUUUUAUAAAAAAGAAAAAACGGAAAAAGAAAGAACGUGAUGCAGAAGAAACAAAACCAAAAACCAGCCGAUUGGAGAUUUCAGAACAUGUACAAGAAACGUGUUCAGACAUUUCGAGAUCGCCAUCACCGUCACACAGUAACAACAAAUUUACUGAUGAAUAUAUAAACUCAUUAAAACAUCUUCAACACAAAAUAAUGAUGUUAGAAGAUGAAGAUCUUCAAAGGGUAGUCACAGUAAUAGCUGAAACUGGUCAUUAUGAAAUUACUACAAAAACGUUUGAUUUUGACCUCUGUGCUUUAAAUGAAACCACUGUGAAAAAAUUACAAGAACUUAUAACUUAGUUUAUUAAAUCUAUAAUAUAUUUAUAUAUUUAUAAUUACAAUAUUUACAUAUAAUGUGAACUUUUAUUUAUUUGAUUAAAACUGAUACAUAAGUAGUAGCAGAACUCUAAAAAUAAAUAUAUUAUAUUACCUUUUUUUGAUAUGAUUAAAUUGCAUUUUGCACAAGUCUAUAUGACUGUAAUGAAACGGUAUAAUAAAUGAUAAUACUAUUGUAAAUAACAAUAAUUAUGAUGUAAUUUGCGAUAAAAAAAUAUAUUGUCCAAUAUUUCCCUGUUAUGGACUUAUUUUUGAAUAAUGUGAAUUUUAAUAUAAAUUUUUUUUUAGUAGUUGAAUAUUUCUCUUAAAUUACAUGAAAUUUUAUUGUACAGAAAACAGUUUAAAAGCUUUAUUUUUAACUACACAUAUUUUUUUUUUUUUUUUUGAGGGGGGUUCAAAACUGCCAAAGAACUCCGAAUGGUUGUUUAGAAUUACUGUAUGUAUCAUCAUAAUUCUUUAAAUUUUGUAUUCAAGUAUUUUACAUUGAUGACUAAUCAUUUGUAAGUAAUUAAUUUACUUUAUAAGUUAUUGAUUUUAUUUAUUUUUAUUUUUUUUUUGCCUAAUUUUAGAAACAAGUAUUGUUUGAUGUUUUUGUUGCCUUUAAAUUAUAAAUUAUUUUAAAAAUCAUAAUAUUACAUUAUGAAUUAAUUGUUUUUUUUUUUAAUUUUCAUAAUUUUACUUCUAUAUUGCUGUAAUGAAAUAUUGUAUAGUUAAUUUGUAUAGUUUCAUAAACAAACCGAAUCAUUAGUGGUAUAAUUAAUUAAUUAGAAUCAAUUUGGUAACAAACACUAUGAGAGAUAUAAUAUUUUACCCCUAAAUUGUUGCAAAUCUUGUGACAACGUAUUUGGUGCAUCAUGGUGGGAGAGAAAGCAGACAAAAAAAUUUUGCCGUGACCGGAUUUAUUAAAUUUAAAUACGUUAAAUAUUAAAAUUAAUUUUGUUCUAUUUUUAUGAAAUGUUAUGUAUAUUUCGUAUAUGUAUAAGACCGACGCUAAACGAAUAACUAAUUAUAGAUUUUUUUUUUUUACCAAUAUUUGGUAAUUGGUUAAAAAUAAAACAAUUAAUUUUUUAAA